CGGUGAUCCACUGCUGCCAGACAAAGAAGCCCGUUAAACGAAAGCUUCUUCUAUUCCAUCCACGACCACUUGAACCCAUUAAAGAUCUCGGGUAAUAAAAGAGCUAAAUUUAAAGUAGGCGUUGCUCAGUAACUUCCGGAAAUAGCUAAGUAUGGAUUUCUUCAAACGUUCCAAGUUCGACAAGCUGAUUGAGAAGGCGACCAGUGAAAUGCUGAUUGAAUCAGACAUUGAGAGUACCAUUGCAGUUUGCGAUAACGUGCGUAGUCAAGAGAUUUCGUAGGUUAAUACUUCACAUCAUUACAAACUAAUGAAGGCCUAAAUAUGCGGUUCAGUGUUUAAAGAAACGUCUUCAGUGUGACAACCCAAACGUCGUUCUACACUCAUUUGAUGUGCUGGAGUCAUUAAUGAAGAACUGUGGUACACCUGUUCAUGAAGAAGUUUGCAGCACUGACUUUAUGCAGCAGCUUGUUGGGAUGGUUGAUACAUCCCCAGACGUCCGCGCAAAGCUUCUAGAGUGUCUUCAAAACUGGGCGUAUGUUUUUCGUGAUAAACCUGGCUACGUUGCUGUGAUAGAUGCUUAUGAGAACCUUAGAAAUGCUGGUUACAUUUUUCCAGAAUUCUCAGAGAGUGCUGCUAUGUUCAGUGUAGUUUGUGCUCCAAGUUGGAAGGAAGGAAAUGCAUGCCAUCGAUGCAAGUCCGCAUUUACUACAUUCAGGCGUAAACAUCACUGUCGUAAGUGUGGUCAAGUGUUUUGUGGUGAGUGUACCUCAUCGCGCGCCAUUCUGCCUGAAUUCGGCAUUGAGAAGGAAGUGCGUGUUUGUGAUUUGUGCUUUGAAUCAAUCAACAGAGGAUCGUCUUCUGCUUCAAAUAACUCUGAAGAUAAAAGGUCUGUGGAGAAGGAGAAUCAGCUUCGACGUGAAAAAGAGCGACAACUGGAACAGCAAGAAAACGAGGAUCUAGAAUUGGCUUUAGCCUUAAGUGCUAGCGAAGCAGAGUCGAAUCAGAGGAAUAAUCAAAUAAAGUCUACUAUCAAUGAAAAUAAACCUUCACCAUCAUCAGCAUCGCCAACAGUCGCCCACCUUCUCCCAGUUCUCGAUACAAGUGAAAUGGAUCCCGAGUUAGCGCAAUAUUUAUCUAAACAUUAUCAGAGAGCUAAUCCAUCAUCUUCUCAGGAUGGCAUAUAUCAAGAAAAUUCCCAAGAACAUCUCAUGCUUCAACAGUCUGCUACUCAGCCUAGCGCUCCUAUAUAUGCUUCCAGUACACCAUCAGAUCAUGGUAUGAUUUCUAUUAACACUCUCAAGUCCGGAGUGAAUAGUGAUUUUAAUGUACCAGGGAAAAGUCGAUCCAGUGAAAUAAAUUCAGCUAAUCCUAACGGUAAGACAGACCUCAACACAUCGGAAAUCCCAGAUCUAACUAAUCCCAAACAAGAAGAGUUCCUUGAUGCUUUACGUGGUAGUAUCGAAUUUUUCGUAAAUCGAUUGCAGAGCAAUAGUCAAAGAGGACGUAAUAUUUCAAGUGACACAACAGUCCAAACAUUAUUUUUGACACUAAAUAAAAUGCAUCCACAAUUAAUGGAGUACAAACACUACAUGGAGGAACGCCGAGCCUAUUUUGAGAAGAUGCAAGACAAACUUAACCAGAUUCGUGAAGCUCGUGAGGCUUUGGAUGCAUUAAGACAUGAUCAUGCUGUUCGCAAACAAAUAGAAGAGCAAGAAGCGGCUCGUAUGCGUCAGUUACAGAUAAUGCAGAAAUUGGAAGCUAUGCGACAACAGAAAAGAGACACUUUGGAGUACAAAUUACGUAUGACACUAAAACAAAAUAUGCAGUACCAACAAGAAUACGGAAUGCCACAACAGUCCUUGCCGUACAGCGUCGAAUCAUUUCCUAGUGUACAAACUGUUGCACCUGGAGAAGGUUACCCAAGCAAUUAUACUUUACCUUAUAUAUCUGGAAUUAAUUACGCAUCAUUUCCACCUGUUCCAAACGGUUACCUACCAAGAGACAAUAGGGUUUAUGCCACACAAUUUCCAGAUCCGAAUUCACUUGUCCCCACUCAAAGUGGUGCUAGUAGACCUAGUUACAAUAUGUCAUAUACACCACAAUUUCAUUCAUAUGUUCCCGAUCCAGUUGGUCAUAAUAUCCAAACACAUCCUUCGUUCUCUCAAGGAAACCAAAAUCCAGUUCCACCUGGCUCAUUUUCGAUGCAAAGUAUACAAGCAUCUUUGCCGACUUAUACAGGACAGGAUGAUUCAAAAGGUUACCCUGGAAAUCAAACUUAUCCAUCUAGCCAACUUGUAAUGGAAGAAAACAAUGUACCCAGGUACACGCAGGUUGUGACCCAUCCAAGUGAUGCACCUAACAAUUAUACCGAGUCGGGUGCUGCAGAGGCACAGUUGAUAUCUUUCGAUUAAACAAAGUUGAUUUUUUUUAUUUUAUGAAGCCAAACGUUCACGAUAUUUUCCCUGUAAUUAAAUAUUGUUGAUGUUAGCUAGUCAUUAUUAGUUUGGUCAUUUUCGCUUUUUUUUUUCAUUUCCGACGCUUCUUCAUGUACUUUAUGUUGUAAGCAAAAAACUGGUUUAUUUCUGACUGAUAAUAUUUGUUGUAGCUUGAUUGAAUAUGCUCUGUUAACUCACUAUUAUGUCAACAUCUCAAUAUAUGUCAGCUCGGAGUAAAUGGUGGGACCCUAAUAAGUAAAAAACUGAUGUCCCUAAAAUAUUCAUGUUUCGAAUGGUUUGAUUUCCUUAAAAAUUUAGAACAACAUAAGAUGUUAGUGAUAACAGUGAGGUUCUUUGCUCUAUCAUAUUCAAUUCGCUAUUCCUUUUAAUUGAAUAAAUCCCAUCCAAAAGCUAGUCGUUUUGAAUGACC